GAAAAGGUUCACUUCCUUAAAAACUAACAUCAACGUAACUCCCCAAGUACUAAUUAAGCAUGCUACCCACUUUUUGAACUAUAAUCUUUUCAUCUUCCUCAACCUUAGCUUACUCAACUACUUGUAUAUAUUACACAUUUACACAUCACAAAUUUACAACAUACGCCUUACUAUAGAUAGUCACAAUGAAUCCCAAAGGAAACCUUAUAAAUAAAAGUGUUGUUGAAAAUGUGAAUGAUCAAGGGCAAAUGCUCAUCUUCACCAAGGCUUUUAGUCUUUCAUUACGCCUCGAACCCGAGGAUGAUUUCCCUCAUCCAAGGCAUCUUUGCUUCAAAUACCCUUUUGGAAAAAUCGUCUCCUAAGAGACAUUGCAGUAAGUGUUACUGUUACGUGUGUGAAGAGAUUGCACCUUGCAAAAUGUGGAAGAAGAAUCCUAAGAGGCACUGCGACGCGACUGAUAAGGAUGAUAAGUGGAAAUUAGAGAGAAAAUACAGGAAGAAACUCCCUGGAUGUACUAGAAUGGAUUACCACAAUCUUACUGUAAGUGCAUCCAAUUUAUUUCCUGAUGGACCUAACGCGCCAAUUCGUGGAUUUUCUGGUGGACUAAUUUGUGACAGUGACGGAAAUUGGGUCAUUGGCAUCUCUAUGCGCCUCCUUAACAACGUCGACCCAAGUGACCAUUCAGUUUCAUUCUACAUUGCUUUCCUAGAAGGCCUUCAACUUGCAUGGUCGAAAGGGUUACGAUGUUUAGAGGUUAAGCUGGGAUUUGUGUUCCAUAAUGAUUUUUGGAAUGACUUCAGUACUGAUGCAGUGAGUAGGAAACUUCGUCUGUGUGUUGAUCAUAUAUGCUGCAGAGAUAACCAGACAAUGGCUAUACUGAAACAAGUGGAGGAUUACCUCAACCGAGAAUGGUUUAUCAGUGUGAAGAAUACGGAGUCAAUUGAGGAGGAGACUGGAGCUUUUACUGUGGCAACUCUGGCCGUUUCUCAAGCGCAAUCUAAGAAAGUUUAUGACUUCAGAACUUACCCUUUGCCCCCAGAGACUUAUACCAGAGACAUUAAAGGAAAAUUUUUGUGAAAUUGCGAAUUUUGUGUUUGAUACACCUGCUGAUAGGAAGUAUUUUGGAUUGAAUUAACAGCUACUUCUCUAAUUAUUGAACAAUUUUAGCAUAUAAGGUCACUACCAUUUAAGUUUCACCAAGCGAAGAAGAUUUUCUCACUCGUCUUCAAGCAGCAGUUUACUAGUCUCCCUAUCUUUCUGGUGCUUUCAUGUUUUGCUUUUUUUUUUCUUUGAAGACUGUUGUUUUUGGAUUUAAUGGCUUGUUUUGUUGAAUGUUUUGACUUUUGAGCAUCUUAAUGCUUAGCUUUUAUUGUGAUUUGCUGCUAUUACUUUGAACCUUGGUUGUAAACUUGUAAUAUGCAUGUUAUGUGUUUAUUUGAAACUUGUCACUGGCGUUUGUAGCUAUUUAACGAAAAUCUAGCUUGAAAAAGAUUGGAAAU